UCAAGCUAGAUAAGUAGCUAUCCCUAGCCACAACUAUAUUUACAUAUUUGUUUGAAUUUGUUUAGCAGAUUUUAAGGAUCGAUUAUUAUUGAAUUGAAAUGGAGAGAAUUAGAGAGUUGUCGUCAAAGAAGGCGGCGGUGAUCUUCACCAAGAGUUCUUGCUUCAUGUGCCACAGCAUUAAGGCGCUGUUCUACGAGCUGGGAGCCAGCCCGGCGGUGCACGAGCUCGACCAGGACGUCAGCGGCCGGGAAAUGGAGUGGGCAUUGCGGAGCAUGGGCUGCAACCCUUCCGUCCCCGCCGUCUUCGUCGGCGGCCACUUUGUCGGCUCCGCCAAGGACGUCAUAUCUCUUCACCUCGAUGGUUCUCUCAAACAAAUGCUCAUUAACGCUAAGGCCAUUUGGUUCUAGCACUUACUUACCUACCUGCAGCCUACUUACCUCGACUAUAUAUAUAUAUAUAUAUACCAACUCCAUCUUCAACUAUAUAUAUAUACACUACUACUUGUCUUCUUGAUAUAUACUUGUGUUGGAACAACCAAGUCAACCGUAUAUGUAUCAAGAUUUACUUACAAUUCGCCAUGUUUUAUACAAAUGGCUACUCAUCAAAUGAAAACUAGUUUUUCGAGUUAAUUUUAUGCUCACUUUAA